AUAAACAUGGAGAACAAAGAAGAGGUGAGAAGAGAAGGAGAAAUGCCACUUAAGCACGGUUGCCAGGAUCUCUGGACAUGGAAUCGCCGAGAUAGAUCUCCUGAAGUCUGGCUAAGUGGUCCGGGAAAUAGAGUAGUUCAUUUCCAUCCGAACUGGAGUAAGGGAACAGCUGGAAUAAGAGGCACGAGAAUUCUCAACAAUGGACGAUACUAUUGGGAACUGAAGUUGUCUCAAAGGGUCUUUGGAACAAGCAUGAUGUUUGGGAUUGGGACAAAGCACGCUCGACUGCAUGUUAACAGUUUCAUAAAUCUCCUGGGGGAGGACAAGAAUGGAUGGGGAUUGUCGCACAAAGGAUUACUCUGGCACAAUGGCGUUGCAUUGCACUACACGAAAAAAUUCAAGGAGAAUCAGGGAACGACUGUUGGCCUGCUCUUUGACGGAAUUGCCGGAACACUGACUUACUACAAGGAUGGACUAUGUCUAGGUGUGGCCUUCCGCGGUCUAAAUGAGGUUCAGGAACCUCUCUAUCCAAUUGUCUGCUCUACUGCGGCCAAAACGGAGAUGUUUCUGUCUGAAUGUCGUCGGGAUUUCGUGAAUCUGCAGGAUCGCUGCCGUGCUGCCAUUGUAAAACGAGUAAAGAAACGCGAUGAUAUUCCCCAACUAAACCUACCACCCCGAAUAGCCAAAUAUCUUGAAGAAACCCUGUCUGAUUCCACAGUUCCCCUUACGCCCGUUGACAACUUCGACAUGUACAUGAUUUAAAAAAAAAAAGAAAACAUUCCAGGGCAUUCUUCCAAGCUAACCCUCCCUCCCUCCUCUUAUAAAAAAAAACACGCGCCAUGGAAGAUUGCAUUACAAAAGUAUUUAGAAAUAUUUUCUAGUCACUUGAUAAACCCAACAACAAAAAAAAAUACCAUAAGAACUUUAAAAUAAUUUUUACAAAAAAGUGAAUAUUUAGAUAAACCAUAAAAAGAAAAAAAAAUAACUGUGGUAAAUGAAAAACCGCUGCACAAAAGACAAAGAAACGAAAUAGCGUCACACAGCUUUGUGUUUAACUUUCUUUUUUUUUAUCUAAAGAAAAUGUAAAAGACAAGGAAGAAAAAUAUUGUAAGAAUAUUUUCAUAUAAAUCAUUAUAGUGAUUCUA